UGUGGGACCACCAUCAACCAGGUGGGUGUGAUACUGGGGAUACUGGGAGCACUGGGAGCACUGGGAGCACUGGGACACCCCAGAUCCCGGUGUGGGACCACCAUCAACCAGCUGCGGCGGGAGACGGGUGCGGAGAUCGCGGUGCGGGAGGCUGAGGAGGGGGAGGACCCCGAGGAGGGGGCCCUGGUGCAGAUCUGGGGGUCCCCGGCCUGCGCGUGCCGGGCCAAGGCGGCCGUGCUGAGCCUCGUGGCCCAAUGUGCCCCCGUGGCCGAGGAGCUGCGAGUGCCCGGCAGGGCCGUGGGCAGGAUCAUCG